AUGUACGUCAAGGCCCUAUACGACUACCAGGCCGACGACCGUACCAGCUUAAGCUUCCGGACGGGCGACAUAAUACAGGUCAUCACCCAGCUGGAGAGUGGGUGGUGGGACGGAGUCAUCCAUGGAGUGCGUGGCUGGUUUCCAAGCAACUACUGCGCCGUUGUGCAGCGGCCCAGCGAAGACAUCGAGGAAGACCGAGACGGUGCCGACGCCGACGACGAUACUCGUUCAGCCAGCGGCGCAGAGGGCGACUAUUCUGACGAUGGCUCCCUGAGCGGCGGCAACGACACCAUCCUACCCAUUGAGCGCAACACCGCACCCACCAACAACAAGGAGGAGGAGGCCGCCUUUUGGAUCCCCCAAGCCACCCCAGAUGGAAGGCUUUUUUACUUCAACACCCUGACCGGCGUAAGCACAAUGGAGCUACCGCUCGAGUCACCCGCCACAAAUGAGAGCGGCCCGCGCAACCGCACAGAUGUCUUCAUUCCAGAAAUGUCGCGACCGCCCGCCGAGCUGCUGGCUUCGGGCUCUGGCUACAACAUGGAAGACACAGACGACGAAACAUCCGCAUCCGACUUUGAAGGCCCAGGAACAAAGGCCCCCUCUGACUUGGAACUACAGCACAGACAACGCUUGUCUGGUGGACUCUCAUCAGCCACCUCCAUGGAGUCAAUGAAUGGGGGUUACCACGGCAGGGCCUACGAUCAAAGCAGCAUGAGCUUUGCUGCCUCUGCUGCAAUUCCUCCCGCUGGUACGACGGCCACGUCCUUUGCAAACAGCCCUGGCCUAGGAGGACCCAACGGUACCCUUCCACAGUCACGAAAGUUUUACGACGAUGUCAGCCCAGUCCCUCUUACCUGGAACAGGAUGGUCGAAGAUAUGCGACGUGCGGUUGAGCGAUACAAACAGGCCAUCAACAACAGCGACAGGUCAGAGUUUGUAAAGCGUGCUGAGGACAUUUCAGAUCACCUCCGGCUGCUACUUGCGGCUGGCUCGGGAACGACGGAUAACCACUCUGGUAACCCUUCCAUCAUAUCAACCAACAAGGCCCUAUACCCUCACUUCAGAGAAACUAUGUCGCGCUUUUCAAAGCUAGUCCUUUCUUCCCACAUUGCUGCAUCCGACUUUCCUCCCCCAGACUCUUACUCAAAGUGUCUGAAAGAAGCAGAGGGCGUGAUGAAUGGCGUAUUUGGAUUUGUGGAAGUAGCUCGUCAGCAGCGGGGCGAAGAGAUACCCCGCCUUGUGCCUGGAUUUGUGGUCGGCAGCACUGUUGGCGGCAGCUGGCAGAACAAUGGUGCAGACUCCCGGGAUGUUAAUACCUCGAUGUAUUCUGACUCAGAAGACCACGAGCCCUCUUCUGUUGAGCCGACUCUCAAGCUAGAUUCUCGUGUACUGGAAAGGCUGCACGACGUGAAGAGAUUGAUUGUUUCAAGCAUCCGUCGCUUGGACGAGCACCUGGUCGUACGAGAUACCAUCAUCUCACACCAGAAACACCAGGAGAUUGGCGACCAUAUAUGCAAUGCGGCAAGCAAGGUGCUUGAAGCAUGCCGACCCUGGAUCUCAACCAUUGAACAAAUCAACCUCGCAUCUCUGGACUUGGACUCUCAAGGAUCGCAGCUCAGCGAAUUCAGCAUACAGAAACAGAAGACUUAUGACAUAGUCUCUGAACUUGUGAUAGCAUGUCAAGGAGUGGCAGCACCUUUGGGAGACGAAUGGGCCGAACUCCGGGGAGACUCUCUAGAGGACCGAAUCAACGCUGUGCGAGCCGUUGCCCGUGAACUUGAGUCGACUUGCGCCCAGGAGUAUACCUUACUACAGAACCUGUCGGAAAACAUACCCUUGGAUGAUAUCAUAAGCCGUUCAGAUCCUCGGAGAAACACUGACAGCGAACUACCCAGUCACGCUCGCGUUCCAUCUGGACCUGAGAGGCCACUGCUCGGUAACAUGCCCAAAGCUGACACAUACAGCGCAGGAUCGUCCCUUGGAAACGACGAUACGAAAGUUGAGCCGAUCCGUUCUGCCAACAGCAAUAAGAAGCUCAAGGAUUUCUUUGGUGAAGUGCCAGUCAUUCCACAGCAAGCAGUUGAAGAAACACCAGAAUUCUUGAAGCUCGAUCACGAGGGCGAGAUUUCCUACGAUCAUAAAACCACCCCACCCCAGCUCAAGGGUGGCACUUUGGCAGGACUUGUUGAGCAGCUUACCCGCCACGACCGUUUGGACCCCGCCUUCAACAACACAUUCCUACUUACCUACCGAUCCUUUACCACGGCUUCCGAGCUUUUUGAGAUGUUGGUCAAACGAUGGAGUAUUCAACCACCCCAUGGUCUAGCAAAAGAAGACUACCAGCAUUGGGUAGACAAGAAGCAGAAGCCAAUCAGGUUUCGUGUUGUAAACAUUCUUAAGAGUUGGUUUGAUAACUACUGGAUGGAGGGUAACGACGAAGAGGCACGGAUCCUGAUUCAGCGGGUAUACAACUUCGCCAAAGACCAUGUCGCAACUACCAGUACCCCUGGAGCAGCGCCAUUGAUGACUUCAGUGGAGCAAAGAUCUCGUGGACCGGACAUGCCAACCAAGCGGUUGGUUCUUACCCUGAGUGCCCAAACGCCACAACCUAUUUUGCCCAAGCACAUGAAGAAACUAAAGUUCCUCGACAUUGAUGCAACCGAAUUCGCUCGCCAACUCACAAUCAUCGAGUCUAAGCUUUACGGCAAGAUCCGCCCUACAGAGUGCUUGAAUAAGACUUGGCAAAAGAAGCUUGCACCUGGCGAGCCCGAUCCAGCCUCGAACGUCAAAGCGCUCAUCCUUCAUUCUAACCAGUUGACAAACUGGGUCGCACAGAUGAUCCUUACCCAACAAGAUGUCAAGCGCAGAGUGAUUGUGAUUAAGCAUUUUGUCAACGUAGCAGACAAAUGCCGACAAUUGAACAACUUUUCUACUCUCACUUCCAUCAUUUCAGCUCUGGGUACUGCGCCAAUCCAUCGCCUGAACAGAACCUGGAGUGCUGUCAACCAGCGCUCCAUGGCAACGUUGGAAAGCAUGCGCAAGCUUAUGGGUAGCACCAAAAACUUUGCAGAAUACAGAGACACUCUGCACAGGGCAAACCCACCUUGCAUACCCUUCUUUGGUGUAUAUCUCACCGACUUGACAUUCAUCGAAGACGGUAUUCCCUCGCUGAUCAAACGCACAAACCUCAUCAACUUUGCGAAGCGUGCGAAGACGGCCGAAGUCAUUCGCGAUAUCCAACAGUAUCAGAAUGUGCCUUAUCCGCUGCAGCCAGUGCCUGAGUUGCAAGAAUACAUCCUCAGCAACAUGCAAUCUGCAGGUGACGUACAUGAGAUGUACGAGAUGAGUCUGAGCGUCGAGCCAAGAGAACGCGAGGACGAAAAGAUUGCAAGGCUGCUCUCUGAGAGUGGAUUCUUGUGAUGAAAAAAAAAGACUG